UAGCUUUAACAAAUCUUAAUGGUUUGUGUGUCAAUCUAGAUGCUUUCUUUUGAUAAAAAUUUACUAUUUUCUUGUUACUAGUAGUUUAUGGUUAAAUAAAUUACUUUUGGGGUAAUUCUAUAAUUGGUCUGUGUAGUGGAUAAAAAGGAUAGAAAAUUAAUUGCAAACAAAAAAUAUUAUUCAUGAAGAAUGGUUCAUCUCAGUGUAUUUGUUCUUUUGAUAAUUUUCUUUCAACUAGGCAAAGCAGCUCAAAAUAAUGAUUUCAAAGAUAAAUUUGUCGCCGAUAUAAUAGAUAAAGCCAACGAUAACGAGGAUGAAUCCAGUUAUGAGUUCGACAAAAAUCAAAUGAAUGAUUAUGGUGGAGGUUACGGAGGAAAAUAUGGUAGGGACUACAGUGGAGGAUACGGAGGUGGAUAUGGCUAUGGGAAAAGAGAAACAAAUAAUGUUGAUGACCCAAGAGGAGGCGGUGGCGGAGGAGGAGGUGGUAGUAGAAGUAGAAGUGGUGGCGGGGGAGGCGGUGGCGGGGGAGGCAGCAGAAGUAGGGGUGGUAGCAGAAGUGGAGGUGGUGGUGGAGGCGGUGGUGGAGGUGGAAGUAGAGGCAGAGGGAAAUAACAUAUGGUGCAACUUGUCAAAAUAUUUAGUUUUUGAUGAUCUGCGUUUAACUACUGUUUUAAUAAUUAUUGUUAAACACGGUUAUUCUUUAUUAUAGCUUUAAAAUGAUAUUAUUGUUAAAGAAAUCUUUUUUAAUUUU